AUGACCACUUCUGAUGAAAGCCCACCCCCGGAAGUCAGGAGUGCGAAGUCGGAUGCACUGGGGCCCAAAUCCAUCCUUCGUGUUGGGUCAUGGAAUGUCCGCACAAUGUUUGAGACCUCCAAAACAGCUCAAGUUAUCAAUGAGAUGAAGAGAUACCGACUAGACAUCCUGGGUAUCAGCGAAUGUCGUUGGAUAGGAUCAGGGCGUCUCACGACAAAUGACGGCUCACUUAUCCUGUACUCUGGACACGAGAGCACACACAGUCAUGGGGUAGCCAUCAUUCUCUCUCGAGAGAAGGCCAGAACUCUCAUGGAAUGGGAACCUAUCAGUGAGGGGAUUGUUAGAGCGCGUUUUGACUCAAAGUACUGUAAACUCACUAUCAUUCAGUGCUACGCACCAACUAAUGACGCUGAGGCUGAUGUGAAGGAGGACUGGUAUGAGCAACUACAAAUGGCAGUAUCAAGAGUCCCACAGCAUGACCUACUCCUAGUCAUUGGUGACCUUAAUGCAAAAGUGGGAGCUUACAAUUCUAACUCUGAGAGAGUGAUGGAACCCCAUAGAUGUGGGGUGAUGAAUGAGAACGGGGAACACCUGGUUGACUUCUGUAUGAACAACAGGCUGGUCAUUGGAGGAACCAUUUUCCCGCACAAGACCAUUCAUAAGCUCACUUGGACAUCACCUGAUGGAACCACAACAAACCAGAUCGACCACAUCAUUAUCAAUGGCAAGUGGCGAAAGUCCCUUAAAGAUGUUCGAGCUUACCGGGGAGCUGAUGCCAACAGUGACCACUUCCUUGUCGCCUCCUCCAUCAGGCUGAAACUCCGGAAGGUCAUUCCACAGAGUCAACAACGGAAGCGGAAACAGCUGGACAUCUCCAAACUCAAGUGUCCUCGUACCAAGACUGCAUUUGUUCUCGAGUUGAAGAACCGUUUCGGCACUCUAGCAAGAGAAGAUAGGAUUGAAGCAGACAAUGUCAGCCAGAAAUGGGAUACCAUCCAGAGUACUUACUGCGCCACAGCAGAAGCAGUCCUUGGCUUCAAGAAGAAGAAGAACAAGGAAAGGCUAACACCAGAAACAUGGAAGCUUAUUGAUGAAAGGAGAAUCCUGAAACAGAAGCUGUUGAACACCAAAUCCCCUAGGCUCGUAGAACAAGACAGAGCAGCCUACAAGAGCAAGGAUAAGGAGGUGAAGAAAAGUGCUAGGAGUGACAAGAGAGCCUUUGUGGAAAAGCUAGCUAGUGAGGCUGAACAGGCUGCAGCAUAA